CGUCGCCGUGGUCGCACGUACACUCCGCUCGCUCCCAUAGCGCUUACAACUUUAUAAUAAUCCAGUGUUUGUGAAAGUGACGUACAAAGUGACCGUUUUAUAUGUAAUUCCUAAUUCAAAAUAUUGUUUUUGAAUUUAGAGUGCAGUGUUCUGUUUUUUUUUUGGGUUUUGGUUUUUUAGUUUUUUUUUUAAAGCAUGGACUUGGUGCGUUGAUAAGAUGCUGAACAAAAUUAACGAGGAACAAUAAAAAUAAGAAGAAAAUGUAUCCUGAAACCAUCCACAUUUACGAAAUAAGAUGAACGUACCGUCGAAGAUGAGACUGGUACUAAAGUCACGACACAAUGCAUGAACACAGCCAUAGAUUUUUAACAAAGAAUAUUCUGGAACUGAAUGAGAAGAUUGAGGAAGUCAAUUAUACAUUGGAAGAUAUAUUUGAUGUUUUUGCUAAUAAUACUGGUAAUGUGACUGGUGAAAUUAAUGAAGAGAAAGCGGUGAACAACUGGUGGGCUUUGAUAGCUAUUAUGUUAGUGGUUUGUACUGCGGCUGGAAAUGUUCUAGUAUGUCUGGCUAUAUAUUUAGAGAGGAGAUUGCAGAAUGUGACCAAUUAUUUUCUCAUGUCACUGGCCAUUACUGAUCUGCUUGUCGCGAUUUUGGUGAUGCCGCUUGGAAUUCUUACGUUGCUUCGAGGUUACUUCCCGCUGCCUGCUAUCUACUGCUUGUGUUGGCUCUGUCUGGACGUGCUACUCUGUACAGCCUCCAUCAUGCAUCUAUGCACUAUUAGCGUCGACAGGUACCUCUCCCUCCGAUAUCCGAUGAGGUUCGGUCGAAACAAAACAAGAAAAAGAGUGACUGUGAAGAUCGCCUUCGUGUGGAUGUUAUCAUCAGCUAUGAGUCUUCCAUUGGUUUUAAAAUAUUCUAAGAAUGCAGAUUCAGUCCUCAUCGACGGGUCCUGUCAAGUGCCAGAUAAUUUGUACAAGGCCAUCGGUUCAAUCAUCUCCUUCUACAUUCCAUUGGGCGUGAUGUUACUGACGUACGCCUUGACCAUACAGCUCUUGGCGAGGCAGAGAAAGGGUCUGGGAGCUGGUUGGGCCCCUGGAUGGCUUGGUGCUCCUCCUAUUGGUCGACGCUGCACGUGGCGUAGAUUCCUAGGUCCGCGAGGUGGAACUCCUCAACAUUCUGCAGCUUCCACCGAGACUGAACUGCCCCCUAUAGACACAAGGGACCUUUGGAUACAAGAUUCAAGCGAGCCUGCCCCGUCAGCAAUGACAGCACUGCAUCAGUUUGGGGCAGAGAUGUUGCGUCUAUCUCGCGGCUUGGAAGCUUCUGCGGCGACAAAGCCACAAUACAGAGGGACGAACAUAUCUGAACGAGGUGGGAUGCUCACUCCAGGGUCUCUGAGCGUCUCAUCCAGUUCACCGUCGUCGAUGCUCCAAGACCGACGUAGACCAUCGUCUACUGGAGAGCCAAACACUCCGCUUCAUAGGCCAAGAAGUGCGUCUGAUGAUGAAAGUAAUGAAGGUCUGUUAGCUCCCGCAGCUUUGACCGCAAAAUCGCGUAGUUCUGAAGACGGUCUACUCUUACCGCCUCCGUGCACUUGCCCGUAUUUCGGGUCAGAGUCUACUCCACCUAGACGGACUACGGAAGUUAUUAUAGUUCCUGGUGGAGACAUAAAUGGAUGCAACGGGUAUCCCAGAAAUGGGAACAUGAAAGAAGAACAGUCGACUCCAUUUUUUAGAAGGUCUAGUCGUGGUGCCGCGUCUAUGGUGACAUGGGACGAAGCGAAGCGGUUUCGCAGAGGUUCGAGUUUCGGGGGAGCUAGGACAACACUUUCGACUCCAAUCCGAAGUAUACGCGCCCAAAGAACUAUAGCCAGGUCACAGCAAGUGACUGCUAGUCCACAACGCCAAACACCUAGAACGCAUCAUUCUAGAAAUUCAAGUGUUAUAUCCAGAAAUUCCUCCCGCCACGGUAGGAUCUUACGGUUAGAGCAAAAAGCAACUAAAGUAUUAGGAGUUGUAUUUUUCACGUUUGUAAUUCUGUGGGCUCCAUUUUUCAUUCUUAAUAUGGUGCCAGCUGUGUGUCCUGACUGCGAGGAGAGGAUCUCGCCAUGGGUGUAUGACUUCGCCUUGUGGUUAGGUUACGCGAGUUCGAUGGUAAACCCAAUAUUCUAUACGAUAUUUAACAAAAUAUUCAGGCAGGCUUUUAAGAAGGUCCUAAUGUGUGGGUAUUGGAAGUCGACGAGGUAGCCGGCACCCUGGGAGCGCGUUCGUCCGACUUCUGAUCCUGGCAUCGGAGCGCUCUCAGUUAAUAGGAACAUCCGAUC